CGGUCUUGCAAAAUUUUACAAAUUUAACAGGUUCUUAAGGACGAAUUCAACGCUCCAUCGCUGACGAAACGUCGUUUUAAGGCUAGGAUGACUUAAAAGAACAACUUUGUAAGAAGCAUCAGUCUUCUAACAGUUGCUAUGGCUACAGGAAGAAGUUCAAUUAAAGUUCCAUGUGAAAAUGAAGACUUACCUGACAAAGAAAAUGCACCAAAUUUUGACGAGGACACUUUACGAGCCACAGCUGAUGUUUAUAGAAAUGAGGGUAAUGAGGCCUUCAAGAAAGGAGAUUUCAUCAAUGCUAUUCAUUUUUACACCAAAGGAAUUAAAAUGAACUGCAACGAGAAAGAACUGAAGGCCAAACUGCACAACAACAGGGCUAUUGCACAUUCUAAACUUGGAAAUCACCAGGAUUCACUAAGGGAUGCAGAAGCAGCCAUUGAGUUAAAUCCAACUUUCCUUAAGGCAAUUGUGAGAGGAGCCGCUGCUUGUAUUGAAUUGAAGAGAUUUGAAGAAGCAAUCACUUGGUGUGAUAAGGGACUAGCUAUUGACAAAAACAAUAGGAUCUUGUCGUCAUUAAGACUUCAGUCUGUCAGUGAAGUGGGAGAUAAGUCCAUGGAGGAAAAAGAUCCUAUUAGUCAUGACCACGGUAGUGCAAGUUCAGGUGAUGUCAAGAAAGUCAUAGAUCUCUAUAAUCAGGGAAAAGAAGCCAUAGAGUACCACAACCUACAUCUUAAAAUAGCUAAAGAAGUAGGAGACAAGCAUGGGGAGGGUUAUGCUUAUGGCAAUCUUGGCAAUCCUUAUUUAUUCUGGGUGAUUUCAAAAAAGCCAUAG